AUCUCACCACACCAGUCACCGCCUCAUCACCUCUGGCAAAGCAGCCUGAUCUCCUUGCUCCACUUCCGUCAAGAUCUCACCACCAAUCACCGCCUCAUCUAGUCAUCUCUUUCGCUAAAUAAAAGCAACAAAGCAGCCCAACCGACUCUUGAUGACCACAUGAAUCAAAUGGUGGAUCUCGUUCAAAAGCUCUCUUCGAAGCUUCACUCGGGCCUCCGACUAGCCUACGACAAUUUCAUGGGAUUCUUCCAUGCGAUCAAUUGGAAGGGGCUAAUCAGGGGGAAGGGAUGGAAGUAAAGGUAAACCAGAAAGAAGAAGGAGAUGUAAAAAAGCAACAUGAGGUGGAGGGAAGCCAAGCAGGAAUAAUGGCAAGCCAAACUCCAAAUUCAGAAUCUGCGUUCAAAUUUGAUGACAGUGGUUUUAUUGAUGUUCCGGUAUUAUACUGUGCUGAGAAGGAGUUUAAAAAUCUGUUAUGGAGCAAUCAAGGAGCAAUGACUUCUGCAGCGAACCAGAAUGAGACGGUAAUGCCAGGAUACAAGGAAGACAUUGGAAAUGAUUGUCAAACAAGCUGGAAGAGCAGUGAGUUAGAUGAGCUAAAUGCAACCAAAUUAGCCUUGGAAACCAUGGAAGCUCAGUUUAAUGCGACCAAACAAGCAUUGACAAUCAUGGAGGCAAAGCUUGACAGUAUGAUUGAGAUUGAGAGGCAGAAUCGAAAACUGCUUCAAGCUUUAAAUAAUGGCCCCAAGAAUCCAACUCCCUCAAAGUAAUCCAUCCCAAAGUAUUUACAGAAGCAUCAAUUUGAUUUCGAAUAACUAGUUUGGUUAUAGUUGCUAAUGAUCUAAGUAAAAGUAGUAACCUCUU